CAGACUGGCCCCAGGUUUGCAACAAACCCAAAUAUCACCGCAAAUGACAGGGACGCUUCAGUGCGGCAACGGGCCCUCGCAGCCGCCCCUUGUGAUGCCGGUUUUUCCCCUGCGGCCUGCACCCGCCUCCACCACGUCCCACUAUUCGCCGUACUCGCCGUCCAGGUUCCACAUCGACAAGAGAUGUCAGCACCGGUGCUCGUGGAAGUGUCUCAGCAUCGGACUCAUCCUAUUGGCGGUGGCGCUCACCGCCAUGUUGGCCUACUUCGCAGGUAGGAAAUCUGUCAGUUCAAUGAAGCCCAAUAUGGAUUCUUCGAACUGUAUCCUGGUUCAGGAUGUUAAGGAUGUUACAAAUGACCACAUGACAAUGGGAUCAGUUUCCACUCAGUUACCGACCGAAGAAUCGCUUCCAACAAGUACAGCAGAGCAUUCCAGCGCAACAACUCAGCACAGUUCUUUGCAGGCCCCUCAACAAAGACCGCAAACUCAGUGGCCACCGCUCCCGUUGCUGGAACAACGCGAGCUGGACGUGCUACACACGGCUACAAUACCGCCAUAUCAGUUUUGGAAUUCAGAAUUUCGCAACAAAAAUCCUGCAUUUAUAAGAUUCAAUUUCACUUUACCCUGGGGUGCAAACUUCGCAGUGUACGGCAGAAGGAACGUUGCGCCAAGUGUUACACAAUACGAUUUUGCUGAGUUCGUGAAAGGAGGACGAUUGGACCAUCGAUUAAGAAAACGGGAUGUUGAUGAGGAUGAAGAAGACGAUGACGAUUUUCCACCAUCCAAGCAUUACCAUUACCCAUCCGACCACAGAAACUCGUAUAAAAGUGAUGUUUUGGAUAGCAUAUCUAGCUCUUAUGAAGGUACGAGAAAAAUUCUCGCCGAUUCAGAACCAAAAGGUCCAUUCUACGUUCCUCACAGUAUCAAAAUUAACUACCCUGAACGACCAUCAACCGAUCUACCGCACCCAACCUCAGAUUUAGGUUUAACAUUGGACUCUCACGUCAUCUCAAAACGCGAGACCGGUGAGAUGGAACCGAUGUUGGUGAACGUUUCUCUCCUUCAAUACUUGGACACCGGCAGAUGGUUCCUUUCGGUUUAUAACGACGAGCUUCAACCGUACACGGUUUCCUUGGUGAUUUCUGAAGCUGAGGGUGUCAGCACUACCUGUCCGAAUGAUUGUUCCGGGCGAGGGAGUUGCUACUUGGGAAAAUGCGACUGUAUUGAUGGAUUCCAAGGAGUCGAUUGUUCGAAAAGCGUCUGCCCUGUGCUAUGUUCGGGACACGGUCAAUAUGGAGGAGGAUUGUGCCACUGUGAGGAGGGAUGGAAAGGACCGGAAUGCGACAUUCCGGAAUCAGACUGCCGCGUAGCUGAUUGCUCUGGUCACGGAAAAUGCGUGCGGGGUUCUUGUCACUGCAAACCGGGCUGGAAAGGAGACGGUUGCGAGGAAACCGAUUGCGAGGAUCCCACGUGCUCCGAACACGGUGCCUGCGUCCAUGGGCAAUGCUACUGCAAGGCGGGCUGGAAAGGAAACAGUUGCAACGUCAUCGAUGAACAGGUGCACAAGUGUCUGCCAACCUGUUCCGAACAUGGAAUUUAUGACUUGGAAACCGCUAAAUGUGUCUGCAAUAGACACUGGACUGGAGCCGACUGCGCACAAGCACUCUGCAAUCUGGAUUGCGGUCCGCAUGGGCAAUGCGAUACCGGAAAAUGCAGAUGCGAUCCAGGAUGGACUGGAUCCAGAUGCGAGCAACUUCCUUGCGAUACAAGAUGUCAGGAGCAUGGCCAAUGUAAGAAUGGAACGUGUGUUUGCUCGCAGGGUUGGAAUGGAAGGCACUGCACGCUACCCGGUUGCGAGAACGGUUGCUCUGGCCACGGCCAAUGCAAUUUAGAGGAAGGUGUCUACAAAUGUUUGUGCAUCCAGGGCUGGGCUGGCUCAGACUGUAGCAUCCCUCUCGAGAUGAAUUGUCACGACGAUAUUGACAACGACCAUGAUGGCAUGAUCGACUGUUCAGACAGCGAAUGCUGCUCUCACGUUAGCUGCCGCGAUCACAUUAUGUGUCUCCAUAGCAAUGACCCAGUGGAGGUUCUCCUACGUAAGCAACCUCCAUCUGUGACAGCCUCCUUUUAUCAGCGUGUCAAGUUCCUCAUCGAAGAAAACAGCGUACAGUCGUACGCACACAUUAACGAAUACACAGAAAGCCGUGUUGCCGUUAUGAGAGGUCAAGUUGUCACCCCACAAGGAUUAGGGAUUGUUGGAAUCAGAGUAUCCGUGGAUAAGGACUCUAAGUUUGGAUUUACCCUAACGAGACAGGGAGGAUGGUUCGACGUCCUAGUAAAUGGUGGAGGCGCAGUAACACUUCAAUUCCAAAGAUCACCAUUUAAACCUUUAAUCAAAACCGUUUUUGUACCAUGGAAUCAAAUUGUUGUACUUCCUCCUGUAGAAAUGCAACUUGCCGAUGAAUUAUCGAAUAAAAAUGGCCACAGCAGCUUCUUAAGUCGCAAUCCAGCGAUAAACUUCCCAGGUGUCUCCAGAUCCCUCUUUACUUCAAAUGGCGUUCUUCCAAAUACUUGCGAGGAACAUGAUCCAGAAUUUUUAAACCCACUUAUAACGGGAACUUGGAUGCCCGAAGCAGUCGGUGGGAUGCAGGGCCGUAGCGUUGUUUUUGCCGAAACCCAAAUAGUGCAAGAAUCGAUACCAAUACCAGGAUCAGACUUGUACAUACUCUAUCAAAGCUCGCAGACAAGCGGGUAUAUGAGCACCAUCUACAUGAAACUUACCGGCGCGGAAAUACCAAAGAGUUUAACUCAUGUUCAUGUAAGAGUUGAAGUUGAAGGGUUCUUACACAUCAAAACUUACGAGGCAGAUCCAAAUCUAAUGCAUAUAUUUGCUUGGAAUAAGCGGAAUGUCUACAAACAAAAAGUAUAUGGUAUUGCUCAAGCUAAGGUUUCAAUUGGUUACCAACAUAACACUUGCCCAGAACCUGUAUGGGAAACCCAAACCGCCGAUCUUAAAGGAUUUGAUGUUGAUAUUUCCGAUAUUGGAGGCUGGGGAUUGGAUAUUCACCAUCACUACAACUUCCAUGAAGGUAUUUUACAAAAAGGAGAUGGCUCAACUUUACAUUUUAAACAGUAUCCAAGGACUGUAAACGUGGUUAUGGGGACAGGAUUGCAAAGGUCAUUAGAUUGUCCAGGGCAAUGCGGAGGUCUUGCCAAGGAUGCAAAACUUCUAACGCCAGGCUCAUUAGCUAGUGGUCCAGAUGGAAGCAUUUACGUUGGUGAUUUUAACUUGGUUAGAAGAAUCACCCCGGAAGGAAAUGUCUACACAGUACUUCAAUUAAGUGCCACACAAGUUGCAUACCAAUACCACUUAACUGUUUCGCCAGCUGAUGGUCACUUAUACGUAUCCGAUCCAGAAAAACAUCAAAUUCUAAGAGUGCUGUCACUUGAGCCCAUCCAAGAUCCCAACAUUAACAGCGAACCAGUCGUUGGCAACGGUGAACGUUGUAUACCUGGUGAUGACAGUAACUGUGGCGACGAAGGUCCAGCCAAAUAUGCAAGACUUGCUCAUCCAAAGGGUAUUGCAAUCGCCGCAGAUAAAACAAUGUAUAUCGCUGAUGGUACCAAUAUCAGAGUGGUAGAUGCGAGAGGUAUUAUUCAUACAAUAAUUGGAAACCAUGGACAUCAUAAUCAUUGGAGUCCCAUCCCUUGUAAGGGAGCUAUACCUGCCAAUCAGGCUCAAUUGCAAUGGCCCACUGGAAUAGCUUUAUCACCUUUAGAUGGUUCAUUGCAUUUCAUUGAUGAUCGCUUGGUUCUUAGACUUACUGCGGACAUGAAAUUGAAAGUUGUGGCAGGUACUCCUCUGCAUUGUCAUAGAGAUGAAAAUGCCACCAAAGUCAUCAGUGAGAAUGUUUUGGGUACUAUAUUGGCUCUAUCUUUCGCCCCAAAUGGUGAUAUGUACAUAGCUGAAAGCGAUACAAGGAAUAUCUACUAUAUUCGUCUAAUCGACACUUCCGGAAAGAUUAUUCAUUUUGCUGGUAAAGUACAGGACAGCCAGAGGAAUAAUUGCGACUGCGGUGUAAACUUAACAACACCAAGUCCUAAGAAUCAAGAACUUCCACCAGCUUGUAUCUGCGGCGCUACCGAAGAAACGACCAGUAACGCAGAAACUCUAUUGUCUUCAAACGCAAGAUUCCAAGCUAUCUCAGCUCUUACAGUUUCACCUGGCGGAGUUCUGCAUGUAGCCGACCAAGGGUCUUUGCAUAUUUUGGCUUUGGAACAUUACCUUCCAAUGCACGACGAAAAUGGGGAAUUUAGAAUUCCGUAUCCCGCUGCUGGAGAAGUUUACGUUUUCAACCGAUAUGGGCAACAUGUGGCAACUAAAGAUUUGGCCUCUGACAAAACACGUUACUCUUUCCUUUACUCCAAGAAUACCAGUUUCGGCAAAUUGUCCACUGUCACUGACAGUUCAGGAAACAAAAUACAAUUUUUAAGAGAUUAUAGUAACGCUGUUAGCUCUAUAGAAAAUACACAGGACCAUAAAAGCGAACUAAAAAUAAAUGGUGUAGGUUAUUUGGUUAAAUUGAGCGAAAAGGGAAAAUCUGAAAUUGAGUUGGAUUAUGAUCUUAAUACUGGGCUGCUCACAAGUAGAUCAGGGGGCGGAGAAACGUUUAUGUACAAAUAUGACAAGUAUGGUAGAGCAAUUGGUGUUAUAUUAUCUAGCGGCGAAACUUUGACCUUAUCCUCCAAGAUAGCCGAUGUAGAAGGUUUGCAAGUACAUGUCAGUAAGCCACCUACAGAUUUAAUUGUCACUGGCAGAUCAAAUAAGAAAAUGAUCUUAUAUGAUAACGAAGAAAAAACCGAAGCAAUUACUCUUACGAACUCGUCAGUAGCAGUCAAUUCACCUUGGGAUGGAUACAUGAAAAUAUCAGCUAUAGAACGUCAUCCAUUGCUAGAAGCCUCUUUGCCAGUAGAAGCUGAGAUGUUACCUGUAUGGUCAGAACAAAUCACUUCGUACGGAGACGGAAUCGUAAACGUAAUGAGCACAACGUUUACUUUGGUUGGUGACGUGAGGAAUCCUCAGCAAACACUUAACCGAGAAAUAUUUGUGAAUGGCUCUAAAAUUUUGGGAAUCGAGUUCAGCCAGUACACAAGUCGGGAGGUUUUCUUCGAUCACGAUAAGACUCCCUUGCUGACAAUUUCGUAUGACCCAUCUGGUUUGCCCUUGUCAUAUUUCCCACAUAAUGGCGCGAAUCCUUUAAAUAUUUCAUACGACAAUUUUAAUAGAAUUGACGGGUGGAAGUGGGGUAACACUGAACUUAAAUACAGCUACGACCGUCACGGGCGUCUAUCUGAGAUAACCAGCGCUUUGGAUGGCACCCAGAGUUACACAUACAAUGACUGGAAUAUGCUUUCCAAAAUUACAUUGGGAAGUCAACGAAGCUUCUCUUUGGCAUAUGAUGAUGAUGGAGGUUUAAGGCAUGUCACUUUACCUGGAGGUACUAAGCAUUCAUUCAGUCUUCAACCUUCGAUUGGUUUCUUGAGGGCUACCUACACGCCUCCUGGUAGCACCAGAGCGUACCUUCAACAUUUUUCGCACAAUGGCCAUUUAUUGCAAACUGUUUUCCCUGGUGAAGGAGCUAGAGUUGUGUACAGAUAUUAUCCCAAUGGUAAGCUAAAGGAAGUUGUGCAUGGUGAUGGAAAGUCAACGUACCUGUAUUCUGAAACUUCCGGUCUUCCCAGUCAAGUAUCAAGCAUAGAUCAAGACAUUGAAUGUAGAUGGGACUACCAAUUUACAGGAGGACUUUUAACUGAAGAAAGAAUUGACUUUGGUGCAAAGACAGGUCUUAGCAAUGCCAAAUUUACAUACGAGUACGAUAACAACUAUAGACUUAUAAACGCUGCCGGUAGAAUAGGCGGACAAAACUUGCCGCUGUACAAUUUAGCUUACAAGAGCAAAACGGGCGCUUUAGAUAUGAUUGGACCCUUUAAGAUCAGCAAACCAAAACACAACGAGACACAAGUUUACGAUGGAACUGCUUUGUUUACGAGCAAAACUAACGCCAAAUUCUUGGAAACACAAAUAUCAUUAACUAUUCACGGCAUGGAAGUCUUUAGAAUGGAGUUCACUCACGACAUGCAUGGAAGAAUUUCUCAGACUAGAACCUACACAAAGAAUGUUGGUGUUAACACGUACACGAAUGUAAAGAAUUACACUUGGGAUUGUGACGGUCAACUUUUGGGUGUCGAAGCCCAAGAACCCUGGGGAUUCCGAUAUGAUGACAAUGGAAACAUGUUGUCACUUACCUACAGGGGUAAUACAAUUCCUAUGGACUAUAACAAUAUGGAUAGAAUUAUUAAGUUCGCUGAAGGUCAAUACAAAUAUGAUACAAGAGGACUUGUAACUCAAAAUGCUAGAGAGGAAAAGUUUCAUUAUAAUUCUAAAGGUUUAUUAAUACGAGCUACAAAACGAGGCAGAUUUGAUGUUCGAUACUUCUAUGAUCAUAUGGACAGACUUUCUGCAAGAAAAGAUAACUUUGGCAACGUGACUCAAUUUUUCUACAACAACGAAUUCCGCCCAAGAGAAGUCAGUCAAAUUUACUCGCCAAGAGAUGGAAAACUUAUGUCGCUAGUCUAUGACGACAGAGGUCAUUUGGUUUACGCCCAAGUCUAUAGGCACAAAUAUUACGUAGCAACAGAUCAGUGUGGCACACCUGUCAUGAUUUUCAACCAAUACGGUGAAGGCAUCAGGGAAAUUAUGAGAAGUCCAUACGGCCAUAUUGUCUAUGAUUCGAAUCCCUACUUGUAUUUGCCUAUUGAUUUCUGUGGCGGAUUGUUGGACCAGGUGACUUCAUUGGUUCACAUGCCCAAUGGAAAAGUUUAUGAUCCUCUAAUUGGCCAAUGGAUGUCCCCUCUUUGGGAAAACGUUUUGGAAAGGGUAGCAACUCCCACACACCUCCAUUUAUACAGAUUUAAUGGUAAUGACCCCAUUAAUAUGGGCGUUGAAAGGAAAAGACCAACAGAUCAUAUUGAUUGGUUAAGGAAAAUGGGCGUCAACCUGCAAAGCCUUGCACCACAACUUUUCCCUGAUAAUUUACCAGGUGGUAAAAUGCCUCCACUUUUAACACGACCAUCAACGUUCUGGGAUCCAUCAAAAUCCAGCUUGAGUAAUCAACUCAGCCUCCAAUUUUCUUCCACCGAAAUCCAAUCAGGAUUUUUGGCUCACAUCGACUCGAGGAAAAUGAAGACUGCCAAAGAAUUGUCGGCUCCGAUAAAAUCCGCUCUAAAAACCGACGUUAUGGAUUUGGUUCCAAAGAAAAUAGGAGGUUCUUCGGACCCACCAUUCGGCAAAGGCAUUUUAGUAUCGAGGAACGACAAGUCGCAGGCCAUCAUAUCGAGCGUACCAGCAGCCAAUGCAAUUUACAGGGACGUCUACACUUCCGUAUUUAAUAGGAGCUACAUACUGCCAUUCACUUUUGUCGUUCAUAGCGCCCAACAGGACGCUUUCUACUUUGUCAAGGAAGAGACGUGGAAAGCAAACGAUGAUAAAGGUCAAUUAAAGCGGCUUCAAGGGCAAGUCAACACGACUUUCCAUGAAAUUGCCAAAGAGAACGGUAGCGGUAACAACUACUACGAUGUGAAGAUACACGGCUCAAAUGCGGUGAUUAACUUGAGAUACGGAACAACCAUGGAAAAGGAGAAACAAAGACUUCUUCAUCAUGCCAAAUUGUCGGCUAUCAGGAAGGCGUGGCACAAAGAAAAGGAGGCGCUCAAAAGCGGAUUCUCCGGUUCGGUAGAUUGGCUGGCGAACGAAGUGGAGGAGAUAAUGAAGAACGGCUACGUCACCGGUUACGAAGGAAAUUACAUUCACGAUGUGCAACAGUACCCUGAACUCUCCGAGGACCCGUACAACAUAAAGUUUACCAAAAAAUCUGAUCCUUUAAAGUUGAGGAAAAAACGCGAAAUACAUAAAUCUUGUCGAGAUAGAUGGUGGUUUUCAUGGAAAGACAAUUGUUAA